ACCGCUUCACCGGCAGGUGCCGCUGGAGGGCUGAAUCCAUCUGCGCAGUUUCCCCUGUAGUGCUUCCGCCACCACAGAGAUCAGAGACAGCAACCAGCCGGUGCCAGAUCAAAAUACAAACAAUGGGCAAGAAGCACAAAAAGCACAAGUCCGAAAAACAUGGAUAUGAAGAGUACGGAGAGAGACCACUGAAGCUGGUGUUGAAAGUGUCUGGAAACGAAGUGACGACGGGAAGUUCGAGUCUGGACACGUUUUAUGACGAGCAGCCUGACAAACCUAAGGACAAGAAGAAGAAAAAGAAGAAGGAUAAAGAAAGGAGUUUUGGGUCACCAGAGGAUGACAAAGGAAAGAAAAGGAAGAAGAAAGGACAGGAUGGAGAUGAUGAACACAGCAGAACUCCUAUACGUUCAGAGCUGGAUAAACUGGAAGAAAAGGGACAAACUCCUCUGCAGGAAGCUUUGAACCAGCUCAUCAGGCAGCUCCAAAGGAAAGAUCCCGGUGCAUUCUUCUCGUUUCCGGUGACAGACCUCAUUGCUCCUGGCUACUCUGUGAUUAUCAGACGGCCUAUGGAUUUCAGUACAAUGAAAGACAGAGUAAAGAAAGAGUGCUAUCAGUCGUUGGAUGAACUAAAGGUGGAUUUCAGGAUUAUGUGUGAAAACGCCAUGAUUUACAACAAACCUGAGACGAUGUACCAUAAAGCAGCCCGGAAAAUGUUACACUCUGGAAUGAAGAUCUUGAGCCAGGAAAGACUGGAGAGCCUGAAGCAGAGCAUAGAGUUCAUGUCCGGCCUCGACCCUUCUGCCAAACUGCCGGGCAAGACUGAGGAACAAGGGGGCACCGGCCUGGACCAGAACAGAGAGGGACGCUCGAGCACAGACACCAGCGAGAGAUCCCACACACCCAGCACACCCAGAGCGGACAAGGACUCCAAGGAUGAAGCGGCAAAAGCUGAGAAAGAGCUGGAGGAAAUCCGCAAGGUCAUCGAAGAGUCUGGAGGAAAGCUUUCCAACAGAGUGCUGCAGUGUGAUUUGGAGUUAGCAAGGCGGAAGUCUGACGGCUCCACCACGCUGGCAAUCCUCAACCCAGCAGAUCCAGCAGCAGGAGAUGUUGGUUACUGCCCUGUGAAGCUGGGCAUGAUGUCCAAUCGGCUGCAGAGCGGUGUGAACACCCUGCAGGGCUUCAGGGAGGACAAGAGGAACAGGAUUACUCCAGUGUCCUACGUGAACUACGGGCCGUUCACCUCCUACGCACCCUGCUACGACUCCAGCUUCGCCAACAUCAGCAAGGAGGAUUCUGACCUCAUCUACUCUCUCUAUGGCGACGAGUCCGGUCCUCAGGGCUCAGACAGCUUGUCAGAGUUCCUGGCCAAAUCCGACGAGUAUGUGUACAAACUGGCAGACAACGUUCUGGAUGCAGUGACGAACGGAGAGCAUUCAAAAACCCUUAAGGAGACUGAGCCACAGGUGGAGACGGCAACAAGUGCACAAGAGGAAGAGGAUGACAUGGAGGUCGCCGAACCUGAAGCCUUCAACUGCAACAGGCUCGACUUCCUGCGCUCUGCUGCAGGCCCGCAGGUGGCUGAGGAGCUCUCUGGGGAGGCCCUGCACUUCCAGCAGAAAUUGGACGAGACUACAAAGCUCCUGCGUGACUUGCAGGAAGCCCAGAAGGAGCGUCUGAGCGCCAAGCAGCCACCUAACAUGAUUUGCUUGCUGGCCCCGACAGCCAAGGAGCUGGAGCUGGCUGAGAAGGUCACUGGGAACUUGGCCGAGCUGACUGGUCAAGUGGCCCCAUGUGACGUCAGCAGCGUGUAUGGCAUCAGGAAGGCCAUGGGCAUCGCUGUACCUCCAGAACCAUCCGGGCCCUUCAUUGACCUCACCACAGUGCAGGAGAUGGCUGAGACAAUGGAGACCUUGUCCAGUUGUCAGGAUACAGUUCCAGUCGUUGCUGUAUAAAUUAAAUUCUAACCACCCUUACAGUUUAAUAAGUUAAGUUUUGUACAAAAGGUGCUUUUUGUGUGACAUUUGUAUGCAUUUCAGUCAAUAAACUUCUUUUUAUACAGA